AUGUGGAGUACAUUGGAAGAGGCGAUUGUGGAAACGCGCAGUACGCCUCUCGAAAAUCGACCGCGACUUCCCCGCAUAGCCCUAAGCAAGCGGAAUCGGGCUGUCGUGAGGGCUCUGAACGCAAUCCUGGUGACCUAUUUGGAAGCCAGCCGGGACCUUUGUGAGACGGACUCAAUUCUUUUUGGCGCCGCGCUGGCAGUCUGCCGUAUCAUAGGCGUCAAGGUUUCCACGGCAGCAUGGAGAAGAAGAAUUGAGGAACGUAUCGCAAAAGCUCUCGUCGGCAGACUGAUAUGCUUCAGAUCAGGCAAUAACAGGCCAAGAAUUGUGCACACUGUCAGGAUGGCGUUUGCUGGGACAAAUGUCAGUUUCUACCAGCCGGAUAUAACGCAAAAACUGACGGAGCGCAUAGAUGAUCUGAAGCAGAGAAUCGCUGCUUGGGGAAAGCGGAUUCGGCGAUAUACCGAGAGGUCGACACGGUUCAACCAGAAUCAUCUCUUCAGAGUGAUCAGAAGAGGCUCUAUGAAUCAUUGGAGCGACCAAUGGUAA